GAUAUGUGGCAAAAACAUAAAGUACUAAUAAAAUUAUAGUUUAUAAGUGGGAUAGAUGAAAAUCGAUAUUGUAACAAGAGAAAAAAAAAAAUAAAAAAUGUCUGAUAAAUCAUCAAAGUUUCCAUCAAAAAAACAUCCAGGAAAUUUGGAUAAGAAGUCAUCGUCGUCAGAGAAACAAGAUGUACCAGAGAUUAAUACCGGAACUAUACAGAAACGAAAAAGCAAUUUUAAAGCCAUUAAGCCCAAUUCUCUUAAAAAUAGUUCAGAAAUUGAAGAAACGUCAAACUUGAUCAAAUUUAAAAAUUCACACUUAGGAAAAUCAGCACCAUGUGUAAGCCACAGUGGCAAGAGCACAAAAGACUACUCAAUGGUCGCAUUAAGACGCGUUAAUCAUCAUCAAACAUCACAGAUUCGUAGUCCGGCUGUACAUCGUGUUAGUACAUCUUGUCUGUCACCAAGAAGUCAGAGUCCAAUAUCGCAAUCGCCAAUUGAAAGUCCUCGAAUGAACUCACCGAGCACCAAUCAUCACUUUCAAUUUAUGCCAUUUAAAAGGCUAUCUCAAAAUAAAGUUAUCGACAAUAGCCGUCGAUGGUCAAUUGUAUCACUUCCUUCAAGUUCAGGCUAUGCAAGCACAACACCAUGUAGUUCCAAUAUUUCGUCUCAAUGUUCGUCUAGCGAAAGACUACAUCAACUUCCGCACGCGCCAACCAAUGAUGAAUUAAGGGUUUUGAAUAAUCGAUUUUCUGGAAGUGAACACAUUUGUCGACCACAUCCAACGAUUCAAAAACAACAAUCUCAUCCACUCACUCAAAAUUUAUCAUCAUCAGCCAUCCAUCAACCGCUUCGAAAGUGUUUACAUGCAUCACAAAACAGCUCAUUUCAGAAAAAUUAUUCACCGCCUCCGAUUUCGGUACAAAGUCAUGCAAAUAUUAGCAGUAGUCAUAAUAAUCCGCAUCAUAAUAAUACUAAUAACAGUAAUAAUAAUAAUAAUAAUAAUUCAAAUGCAUCCGAAGAAGCUACUCCUCAAGUUGAACGCCAGCGCCCAUCCUUUUUUCGGCCUCGUUCUCGUUCUUUAAGUUCGCCUAGUCGCUCCCCAGUUUCGGAUAGUGAUCCAUCAACAAUGAAUAAAUUAUUUAAGGAGAGAUUUCCGAGAGCACGCGAGGCAAUGGAAGCAAAACUGAAGGAUUUCAUUAAUGAAUACAAAACGACAGCUACGUCAAAUCGUAACCGAGAUUCACAGCCAAUUGUUCGUUUUGUGACAAAUCAAAUUGUGGAAAUUGCUCGAGACUGUCUUCAUAAAUCUCAUUCGAAACAAGUCUUAACUAGUCGCUAUUUUGGAGAAAUGUCUGACAGCUUACAGAGACUUUUGCUUGAAACUAAUGAAAAGUCACCCGAAGCAUCGGCAGAGAUUGCUAAAAUUAUCAAGAAAUUAAUUUUAAUUAUUUCUCGUCCAGCUCGUUUACUGGAAUGUCUGGAAUUUGAUCCAGAAGAAUUUUACAAGCUAUUGGAAGCAACAGAAGAUCAAAUGAAAGGUCACGUAACUGCAGAUUUGCCAAUUUACGUCAUUACAAAAUUAGGAAUUAAUAAUCGAGAUCCAUUGGCUGAAAUAACACAAGAUAGACGCCAUCAGCAAAGCAGUGACAAAAGUGAUGAAAUUAGAGGUGAAAAAUCAGAUAAAAGCAUUAAUGUUAGUGAUAUUAGUACUGAGAAAAGUGAUAUAAGUAUAAGAGAUUUACCUUAUGAUGAGAAACAACAAAAUGUUUCAAUUAUUUCAAUAUCGUCAAGUGAUAAUUCUUCUUAUUUAACAUCAACGCCAAUUAAGAAACCAGCAAAUUCAACGCAAGAUCGCAAUGAGAGUAUUGAUAAGCAGCUAGGUCCAAACGAGAAUGAUUAUGAAAUCAUCAAGUUAAUUUCGAAUGGAGCUUACGGCUCUGUGUAUUUGGUAAAGCAUAAGCAAACACGACAACGAUUUGCGCUGAAAAAAGUUAAUAAGAAUAAUUUAAUGUUGAGAAAUCAAGUCGAACAAGUGUUUGUAGAACGUGAUAUUUUGUCAUUUACUGAUAAUCCUUUUGUUGUUACAAUGUAUGCCAGUUUUGAGACAAGGAAGCAUCUAUGUCUUGUCAUGGAGUAUGUUGAAGGAGGUGAUUGUGCAUCAUUAUUGAAAAAUACUGGACCAUUGCCAUCUGAUAUGGCAAAGCUGUAUUUUGCUGAAAUGGUUCUCGCUGUUGAAUAUCUUCAUAGUUAUGGAAUUGUGCACAGGGAUUUGAAACCUGAUAACUUGUUGAUAACGGCUCUUGGACAUAUUAAGUUAACUGAUUUUGGGCUCUCUAAAAUGGGAUUAAUGUCGAUGACAACACAUCUUUAUGAAGGUUGUGUAGAUAAUAGUGAAACUAGACAAUUCUCUGAUAAGCAAAUAUUUGGAACGCCUGAUUACAUAGCUCCUGAAGUUAUUUUAAGACAAGGAUAUGGAAAGACAAUUGAUUAUUGGAGUAUGGGUAUCAUACUCUAUGAAUUUCUCAUCGGAUGUGUUCCUUUUCUCGGUGAAUGUGCUGAAGACUUGUUCUCAUAUGUCGUUAGUGAUGCGUCAAUAGAAUGGCCAUCUGACGAAGAUUGGCACAUUGAUGUUGAGGCUAAAAACUUAAUUACUGGCUUACUUAUUCAAGAUCCACAAGAAAGGUUGGGUUCACAAGGACCGCAAGAAGUCAAAGAACAUCCAUACUUAAAUGGCAUUGAAUGGAAUAGUCUAUUGCGAUAUAAGGCUGAAUUCAUUCCGCAAUUGGAAAAUGAAGAAGACACGAGCUAUUUUGAUUCUCGUCUUGAACGAUACAGUCAUCAUGAAUUCGAUGACUCAGACACCGAUGAUUCUCCUGUUUUAUCAUCUAGUUUCGCAUCUUACUCUCCACAAUACCGUAAACAUUGUUAUAAUAAUCGCAACAACAAUUAUGGAAGUGAUGAAAGCAAUAGUAGCUUAAACGAUUCAGGAAAACUGGCUCUAGAUAUAAGAAAUUUAAAUAUUAAUCCAUCUAAGAUUAAGAUGCCAUCAACGCCUGUUGAUUCCCCAUUCGAUGAGAUAAGCGAUUGUAUGAAUUCCCCAGAUCGAGCACAAGCUCCAUCACUGUUCUUAAGACACCAGCAAAUUAAGAAUGUUUAUGCCACAGCAGAUGUUUUGGAGCAGCAGCAAAAUCAACGAAUUCAUAAGCCAUUCAAAAUGCUGAAUGUUAUUGGCACCCCAGAUUCUGAUCAUUCUUCCGAUCAUGACAUUUCACCAAAAAUACAACGUCGUCGUAAAAAUCUCAUUGCACUUCAUGCUGAAGAAAAGUUAAAUCUGCCAAAAUUAUCGAUAUCUGUUGAUCACGAUAUACAGCCAUCUCAUUCUCAAUUAUUCCCAUCGACAUCAACAUCAGGUCAAUUGCAUAGUCUUUCGUAUCAAGGCUCACAUGGAUUGACUGAAAAGCGGGUCAUGAAGUCUGCCUCAGCUGUAGAUUUAAGCUUGAAGAUAUCACCUCAUUGUGUUGAUAAAAUUGUUGAUAAUUUACGUAAAGAUAGAACAAAGUUGAAAUUGGAAACUAAUUUAUUUAAACCAAUUGAGAAUGAAUCGAAUUUAGAAUGUGAUAACCACUCAAAACCACUCAAUAACAAUGGAGGCAGCUCAGCUAGUAGUCGUGAAGUUAGUCCAUCUCGGGACGGUCCAACAAUAACAAAUUUGAAGCCUCCGAUAAUUCUUCGACGAGGACCGAACGGAUUUGGUUUUGUCAUUCAAACUAUUCGUGUCUAUUUUGGAGAUUCUGAUUUCUAUACAAUGCACCAUCUCGUAAUGAGUGUUAAUGAAAUGUCACCAGCUUUUGAGGCAGGUUUACGUCCAGGAGAUUUGAUAACGCAUAUCAAUGGCGAGUCUGUUCAGGGACUAUUUCAUACACAAGUGCUUCAAUUGUUGCUUUCAAGUCAUGAGCAUGUGACUAUUCGUGCGACUCCAUUAAAAAAUACUAGCAUUCAAAUCGGAGGACGAAAACGAGAUCCAGGUCAAGGGAAGUUGGCAAGAAAGGUGAAUGCACGACCGAAGAAACAGAAAGGUUCAAGUGAUAAGAAGCGUCGAAUAUCGUUGUUUAGACGAAUAAGCACGAAGAUAGCAAAUGCAGAAAUUCAACAGAUGACAUCAAGUGGCGCUUUAUCGCCCAUUACACCAAGUCGAAGUUUCCAAUCGUUUUCUAAAGACGUUCGUCCAAGUCCUCGAUUAAGCUUAUCACCCUUAGAUCCAUUUCAUCAGCAAGUAAACAUUUCUCCACAAGUUUCAUCUCAAUCGUCAUCACCAUCAUCGUCAGUUCCAAAUACACCAACGUCAAAUUUAAAUACAACGGCACCUAUUUAUCACCAAAGACCAUCGUCAUUGCAUGGAUUGAAGCAUAAACUUCACACAAUUUCAGGAAAAUCACCAUCGUCAAGUCGCAGAAAAUCAGUGUGUCAUAUUCCAUUAUCGCCAUUGGCUCGUACUCCAUCACCAUCAUCAUCUGGAGCACCCAAUUCUCCAACAAGAUCACCAAGUCCAUUGGCAUUUUGUUUGGGACAUCACAUUGGUGCUUCAAAUUUGACACAGUCUUAUACGCCAAGCGGACCGUCAAACAGUAAAGCAGGAAAUUCAAAGAUUCAGAAAACUAAUAGCUUCAAAAGUAUGGAAAAACCUUGAAUUAAAAAUGUUUGUUCUCCUUCUUAA